AAAAACUCCACAAUGAUUCAAACUGUUACAUGUAUUGGGGCGGGAUUUGUAGGGGGCCCACUUGGAACCGUGAUCGCGCACAAUUGUCCUCAUAUCCAUGUUACGGUCGCUGAUAUAAACGAAUCUCGGAUUCAAUCUUGGACAGAUGGGUCCCCAUCCUUUUAUGAACCCGGCCUCAAUGAGAUGCUUGGGACGGUUCAGCGUCGGGAGACGUCAGAGCAAAACCUUGAAUUUGUUACUACAGUCGAAGAUGCGAUCCAACGGGCAGAUCUCAUCUUUCUCUGCGUCGACACUCCCACCAAGUCCUCUGGAAUAGGUGAAGGAUGCGCGGCGGACCUAUCCAAUAUUCAGAAAAUCGCUCGUACCAUCGCCCAGGUUGCUACGGGAGAGAAGAUCGUUGUAGAAAAAUCUACGGUUCCAUGCGGGACGGCCGAUGUACUCCAAGAAUUGCUGACCACUUGCGGGUCUCCGAACGCACGAUUUGAAGUUCUCUCAAAUCCCGAGUUUCUUGCAGAAGGAACCGCCAUAGAAAACCUGUUGAGGCCUAGUCGUGUCCUUAUUGGCUCGCUGCAGACUCCUACUGGGAAGCGAGCAGCAACUCUCCUGGCGGAUAUGUAUGCGACUUGGGUUCCUCGGGAACUGAUCUUGCAAAUGGAUUCAUGGUCAUCGGAGCUGGCUAAAUUAGCUGCGAACGCAAUGCUCGCGCAGCGGAUUAGCAGUAUUAACUCCCUGGGCGCUAUCUGCGAAGCUGCGGGUGCUACAGCGGACAUUGAUUCCGUGUCAGUGGCCUGCGGUUUGGAUCCACGUAUUGGUCCACACAUGUUACGUGGGGGUAUUGGCUGGGGGGGAAGCUGCUUCCAGAAGGAUAUUCUUGAUCUCGUCUAUAUUGCUAGGAGCUUACAUCUGCAUGACGUGGCCACUUAUUGGGAAUCUGUGAUUACCAUGAACAAUUCUCAAAAGGAUAGAUUUCUGCAUCGUAUCAUCGCCUGCAUGUACGGAAAUAUUGCGGGGCGCUCAAUUGCAGUCUUGGGUUUUGCAUUCAAAGAGAACACAUCCGAUACAAAGAACUCUCCAGCAAUUACCGUGGUUCAAAGAUUACUUCAAGAGGGCGCUAAAGUGUCGGUCUAUGAUCCCCGGGUUGCACCGGACAGGAUUGCAUCUGCAGUGGGAGAAGAAGUGGACAAAAGAAACCUCCACAUCAGUCCAUCACCGUAUGAGACAUGUUUUAUGGCAGACGCCAUUGUUCUCGUGACCGCAUGGGAGGGAUUUCGAACACCAUCGGACAAGCCUUGUCCUGAAGCGAAUAAUGGCGCUCCGACUCGGCCGCAUGAGAAGUUUGAGUAUUUGGAUUGGCCGCGCAUUGCGCAUUCCAUGCAGAGCCCCAAAUUUGUUUUUGACGGGCGAAACUUUCUGGACGGAACGUUUCUGGCCAAUCAAGGCUGUCGACAUGUGCGAAUGGGCAACUCGACGAUCCGGCACCCUAAUUGA